GUUACACUUUCAGGCUGUGGACACGUCUGGACGCGCCAUUCUACGCUUCUGCCUACCCACUCGCUCUCGGCCACUCCAAUCUCCUCGCCCAAUCCAACAUACACCGAGCUGCACUCUCUCCAGCUGGCCUGCAAUCAAAAUGGCCAACGUCAUAGCGAAUUCUGGCCACGAUGAUAUGAUACAUGAUGCGGUCCUCGACUACUACGGCAGGCGGUUAGCGACCUGCUCUUCGGACAAGACGAUCAAGAUCUUCGAGGUAGAAGGCGAGAAACAUACACUGGUAGAGACACUCAGAGGACACGAGGGCGCUGUCUGGAGCGUCGCAUGGGCACACCCAAAGUACGGCAACAUCCUCGCGUCUUCUUCGUACGACGGCAAGGUCCUCAUCUGGCGCGAGCAGUCCAACAGCUGGCAAAAGAUCUACGAGGUCGCCCUCCACACUGCCUCGGUCAACCUUGUCGCCUGGGCACCCCACGAGGCAGGCUGCUUGCUCGCUUGCGCAUCCACUGACGGCAAUGUCUCGGUACUGGAAUUCAAGGACAACAACUGGACACAUCAACUCUUCCAGGCUCAUGGCAGUGGCGUGAACAGCGUAUCCUGGGCCCCCGCUGUUGCACCUGGGCAGGUUGUUAGUGCGAGCGCCAACCAGACUGCUGCGGCAAGGCGACUGGUGACUGGUGGAAGCGACUGCCAGGUCAAGAUCUGGGAGUUCAGCCCAGAGAGUGGCAGCUGGCAAAACGUGCACAUACUCCCGGGUGGUCACUUGGAUUGGGUACGCGAUGUUGCAUGGUCGCCCACUGUCCUCUCCAAGUCGUACAUUGCCUCUGCCUCUCAGGACAAGACCGUCAUCAUCUGGACGUCGUCGGAUUUGCGCGGCGAGUGGAAGCGUACCAAGCUGGAUGUCGAUGCCGCCGCAUGGCGCGUAAGCUGGAGCUUGAGCGGCAACGCCUUGGCCGUCAGCACUGGCGACAACAGGGUCAGUCUGUGGAAGGAAAGGCUUAGUGGUGGAUGGGAGUGUGUCAAGACCAUUGAGGAGUAGACUCGGCGCUGGGAAAGUUGCAUGGCAGUCAUGAGACAUACAAACUCGGCUUAGUAUAAUCAUAUGUGGGCGUUGUACUUCUGCCGUUGUGACGAGGUGUUUAUACCCAGACACAGUAUCAGGCAAGACAAAAUUCCCCUGCACCGCCUACUGUGCGCUGAAAACUUCAAUGCAUGAACGAAUCCAGUAUCAAACGAGUCAUAUGCAUGCUCGAC